AAAUCGAACCAUCUGCUCGGUUCAGUCCUACCAGCUAGCACAUCGUUAAACAGCAUAGCGGCCUGUGGCUUUUCUCUCCUCGAUACUUUGGUAGCGCAUAUACUACUACCUGCAGCCUACGAUAUGGCUCGCCUCGCGAGAUGCCUUGCGGCCUCCCUGUCCGCCGUGAUCCUCGCCGUGGUCUGCUUGCCAUCCCGCGGCGAGGCCAUGGGUGGCCUGCCCCAGCCACCGCCGGACGUCAACUUCACCGUCGCCGUCGAGGGCACGGUCUGGUGCAAGAGCUGCCGGUACGCCGGCUACGUCCAGUCGUCCAUGGACGCGUCGCCUCUCCCUGAUGCCGCGGCGCUGCUGCAGUGCCGGCGCGGCGACGGCAGGGCGGUGUCCGUGUGGAACACCACGGGCGCCGACGGCCACUUCCUGAUCCAGGCGGACUGGCAGUCGGCGCCCUUCAACAGCAAGGACUGCAGAGUCAAGGCGUACGCGCCACGGUCGUCGCCGCCCGCGGCGCGCGCCUGCACGGUGGCCGUCAACCCCAGCCCGAAUAAGGGGGCGCCGCUCAAGUUCCGCAGGUUCGUGCCGCUCUCCGGCGAGAUGCAGGCGCUCUACUCGGCUGGCGACUUCACGUUCGCGCCCGAGGACCCCGCCAGUAAGUGCUAGCAUAGCAGCCACGUCAUCGCGUAGCCGGCUCUGUAUCUGGAUUCUGGACGCCCAUAAGCGCGCGAUUAAUCGGAUUUAUAUUUACGGAGUAUGUUACAUGUUUGUUGUUUGAUGUGAAAUAAUUCACCAUGUAAUGUAACAUAAAUCUGGCCACGCGUGGGAAACAGAAAUAUAUCGCCAUUUUCUUUCCAUGCAAA